AACACUUGGCUCUUCUUUUCCACCAAAUCACCCAACAUUUUACAUACACAACCCAACCAGACAAGCAAAGCGAAAUCAAUGGCUCCAAAAGAGAAGCCCACCCAAUCGGUGAACCAAACCCCAAAUGCUUCCAACGAGAUCCGUUACCGCGGCGUCAGAAAGCGUCCCUGGGGACGAUACGCUGCCGAGAUCCGGGAUCCGGGGAAGAAGACCCGGGUCUGGUUAGGCACUUUCGAUACAGCUGAAGAGGCCGCACGUGCGUAUGACGCCGCCGCUCGUGAGUUCCGCGGUGCCAAGGCCAAGACUAAUUUCCCUUCCCCCUCUCUGGAGUUUUCCCGCAGCCCUAGCCAGAGCAGCACCAUUGAUUCCUCCUCCCCUCCGCCACCUCUUCCUCCGCCGUCGGCGGCAGCGGCGAUGGCACAGCUGGAUCUCACUCUCGCCACUAACCCUCAUCUCCUCCGCGACGCGUACUUCACGCUCGCGACGGUGGGCCGCCCAACGGCCUUCUUCGACGCAUUCGCUCCGCGGGUAGGCGUUUACGGUUUUGUUAGUCAGAAAUUGAAGGCGGUGGUGGGAGGUGGGACCCACAGCGACUCUGAUUCGUCCUUAGUCGUUGAAGGCGGUGGCCGGGAUCUGGAGCUUGGUGGUCCAUGUAAACCCAAGAGGGAAGGAUUAUUGCUCGAUCUUGAUCUUAACCUGCCUCCACCUGAAGUGGCCCAAUGAUACAGAACAGAACUGCCUGUUGGUUGUACGGCGAUCUAAUAUUUAAGAAACGACGUCGUUUAAUUGUUCUUGCAUAAUUUUUGUAUAUAGACAUAACUGAGGCUGUGUCCUGUGGUUUUGUGCUACUGACGAGGAACAUUGAUGUUCUCAUUGUUGUUCUUGUUUGUUACUGUUAACGUUAAACAAGUUUGGGUUCUCUUCUCAAUAUCAAAGAUUUUAUUUUUUUUUCCUA